AGUGUAGUUACAAAGAACAGAAACCCUCCACACAGCUGACUAGCGGCCUGCCACCUGCUAGAGCUCUUUUCCAGUAUCGUGUGGUUAAAUGGAGUUUACUUCACAUAAUCGUUGAUUUGAUAAGAAGUUGUGUAGUCACAAGCUCUUUAAUCUGAAGGCUGUCGGGGACGGACAAAAUGGCACCAAUAAGAUUUGCAAUUUUAACCGUAAGCGACACUUGUGCGCGCGGUGAGAAAACCGACGAGAGUGGGCCUGCGUUAAAAGCACUCGUCAGCGGCGCAGAUUCGGCAGGGAGUGUCCUUCAAGGAGUCGUCUCUCACACUGCCGUUGUGCAAGAUGAUGAGGCAUCAAUAAUGGCGCAUCUAAUCACUUGGAGCGACGAGAAUAAAGCCGACGUUAUUCUUACCACCGGCGGCACUGGAUUUUCCAACAGAGAUGUCACACCCGAGGCGACCAAACGAGUCAUCCAGAAAGAAGCUCCUGGAUUGUCCUCGGCGAUGCUCAUUUCCAGCCUGAAAAUAACUCCACUGGCAGUGCUUUCUCGAGCUGUAUGUGGAAUACGUAAGCAAACGCUGAUUGUUAAUCUGCCUGGUUCGCGUAAGGCCGCGAUAGAGUGCUUGACUGCAGUCGCACCUGCUAUUCCGCACGCCGUAGAUCUGAUCCUGGAUAAUAAAGCAAAAGUUAGAGAUACACACGACGCUGUGCAACGUGAUGUUACGUCUUGUUCGCACGGUGCUUCGUGUGCACACACGAUGAAUUUCGAGAAUGUAGCGACGCGCCUCAGGGAAUCCCCAUUUCCCAUGAUUUCUGUUGGCGAGGCAGUGAGGCUGAUACGCACGAGUGUAGAGCAGAAAAGAGUUGAAUCUGUGAAUGUAAAAGACGCCCACGGUAGGAUCUUGUCCGAGGACAUAUAUUCCAAUUGCGACCUACCGCCAUUUCGAGCUUCCAUAAAGGAUGGAUACGCGGUGCUGGCAAGCGAUGGGAAAGGCAGAAGGAAGGUGUUGUGUGGCGUGAAAGCAGGGACUGCACCCACUCUGGUGUCUCUUGAACCUGGCACUUGUGUACGCGUGAACACUGGAGCGCCUAUUCCUGACGAAGCAACUGCGGUUGUGCAGGUCGAAGAUACAAAACUAGUGUUAAAGAGCUCUGACAGGACGGAGGAGAAAGAAAUUGAAAUAAUGACUGAGCCGAAAGAAGGACAAGAUAUUAGACCUAUUGGUUGCGAUAUAGAAAAAGGAAGUUUAGUGUUGAAUGCAUACACGUAUAUUGGUGCGGCGGAAGUAGGACUCCUGGUGGCUUGCGGCUGCAAACUCGUUUCAGUUAUCAAACCUCCCUGCAUAGGUCUGUUGUCCACUGGAGACGAAUUGCAAGAAGCUGGAGAGCCUCUGAGACCAGGCCAGGUCUAUGACAGCAACAGAAUAACUUUAGUCUCGCUAUUAAAAGAGAGUGGCUUCGAUUCUUUGGAUUUCGGAAUUGCGGUUGACAACGCAAAGGAUAUGAUAAACAAAAUCGAGGAAGCUCUAAAAAAAGUAGAUGUACUCGUGACCACAGGCUCCGUGUCGAUGGGCGAUAGAGAUUUGUUGAAGCCUAUUUUAGAGACGCAUUUCAAGGCUUCUAUACAUUUUGGACGCGUAAAUAUGAAGCCGGGAAAGCCAACGACGUUUGCAACGUGUACGUUUCUAGGCAGAAAGAAAUAUUUCUUGUGUCUGCCAGGAAACCCGGUGUCCGCUACCGUUACUGCGCAUCUAUUCCUCUUACCCCUUUUGAACGAGAUGCGCGGCGACUUUUCGAAACCGGUCGCAGUGCAAACUAAGUUAACGUCGUCGUACAAUUUGGAUCCGCGUCCCGAGUACGCAAGAGCGAUCUUGAAAUGGGACGACAAAGAGACGCUGCCGGUGGCUUACAGCACGGGGAAUCAAAUCAGUAGCAAGUUACUCAGCUGCAAAGGCGCCAAUGCACUUCUGAUGCUGCCUGGGCGAACGGCGGGGAAGCAAGUUUUGAACAAAGGUGACGUUGUGCCAGCGAUGCUCAUUGGCUUUAAACAACCUUUAUUAGAUUAGAUGCCAAUGAAGUUCUGAUCAGAGUUUCAUUUAAUGUACAAACUUAUUUUGUAUUGUAAUAUCAACGGAAAAUUAUUUUGGGGCUACUCUUGGACACAUCACCUCUUCCUCGGAACAAAAAGGGACGAAACGUGGUGUAAUAAACUAAUAAAAUAACUAGCCAGUUGGGUUGACUA